AAGGACAUGUUUUCUUCGUUGCCUUGGUAGCCACUGGUUCGGUGUUUUCAUCAAGCACGUUAGCUACUAGCUAGCUAGCUCUAGCUAUAUAGCAAACCUAACGUCAGCAGGAUUCAUCGGCUUAGAAUGGAUACUAGUAUUAAAGAGCGUAGUCUAAUAGGCGGAGAGAACAUUGGUAACAUCGUUGAAAUGGUGGACAUGGAGGAGGAGGACUUUGCAGUUUCAAGCUCGACAGACGCUGAAGCAGCCUUCGAUGCAGUGAUUGGAAGCAUAGAAGACAUUAUUAUGGAGGAGGAGUUCCUGCACCUGCAGCAGAACUUCAUGGAGAAACACUACCUGGAGUUUGAGGACUCUGAGGAGAACAAGCUCAGCUACACUCAGAUCUUCAACGAAUAUAUUGAACUGUUGGAGAAGCACUUAGAGCAACAGCUGGUACAGAGGAUUCCUGGCUUCAGCAUGAGUUCCUUCACACUGCUGUUGAAGCAGCACAAGGAUCAAGUGUCCGACGACAUCUUCGAUAUGCUUUUGACAUUCACCGACUUUGUGGCCUUCAAGGAGAUGUUCAUCGACUAUAGAGCUGAGCGUGAGGGCCGCAGGCUGGACCUUAGCCAAGGUCUUGUGGUGAGGUCCCUAAGCUCUGCAACUUCCAAACCGUUAAACAAGAAGACUACAAGUACAGGACUGGAGUGACACACACACAUCAUACAGAUAUACAUUAACAUUAUGGCAACAGGAUGAACUGUUUGCAGGACUUACCAUCUCACCUAGAGGAACAUGAUCUAUGCUACAAAUCUGCUGACUACCAUUGCAGACAGCCUUGUCUUGUUCCGCCAUACAGACACCUGUGUCCUUACCAUGGGAAAACAACAAAAUCAAUUUGUACAUACUAAGCGUGAACUUGAGUCUUGUGCCUGUGAAUGUAACUGAUGUGUCUGAAGCACUUGAAAUGUCUUUGUUUUGUAAGAUGAAAAUCUAAAGGUAUUUUUUAGCUUACUGUUUUGUUGGUAGAUGGUUUGUUUGUAGUUUGUUAAGUGAAAAUGCAUUAGCAUCUUUCAUAGAAAUUUCUCUUCAUUUAGAGUGCUCCCACCACUGUCCAACUAGCCAAUGGAAGGCUGUCUAUUCAUGGUGUAUUAAUAACAUUGAUACAUAAACAGUGUUUUCUACCUUUCUUUAAUAUAGGACUUAUUGCACUGUAUGUCACUGGUUUGUACAUACUGUCUGUAAAUAUCAAUGUUUUACAAAUAAAGAUAUUGAAUCGUU